UCUGCCUUGAACUUUUGCACGUCUUCAAAAUAAAAUAUGUGUUCAUAUAAGAUUCAGGUUAUUACGAAAAUUCAAUCAUUCAGUUUUUGAGUUUAAGCCGGCACAACUGUAUCAUUCACAAUGAAGUUUCUGGUCGUCUUUUGUGCAGUUCUAGUUUUGGUUCACGCCGAUUGGAAACCAAUGACCUCAGAGGAAUGGGCUAAGCAUCGUGCGGAAUGUUUUGAAUCUGAGAAAAUAUCUCAACAUUGCCAAGAGGAAAUCAAGAGAGGCGAAUUUCCCCCUGAACCUGGCUGCUACUUCCGCUGCAUUGGUGUGAAAGCAGGAAUGUGGGAUGAUACUCAUGGAUUCAAUAUGGAAAGGAGUCACGACUCAUUGACGGCGAAUGGAUGGGAAGUAGACAAGGACAAUCUAAAGAAAUGCUAUUCCGCCAAUCAAAAGGAUAAUGAUCCAUGCAAGUGGGCUGCGGCUAUAGCGAAAUGUAUGUUUGACAACAAGUAUCUAAAGAAGAAGGCGUAAAAGAGUUGAAAAUAUGUUGGAUUGUUUAAUA